AUGAAGAAAGCCAAAGGAGGAGACUUUAAUUUUGCUUCCAGAGCACAAAAGAUAGAUAAACUUGAGUUUCCACAAUCUAGUGAAGAGCGUUUCAUUGUGAAAGCCAACAAAGAUGGAGUUGGAUUCUAAUGGAAGACUUACGAUGAGAAAUUGUUGGGUAGAAACAUAGACAAAUAGACUUUCGAUAACACUGUGGCUGAAGCUACUCGUAUUUGUCGUAACUUGUGGAGAGAAAAAUAAAGAGAAGAACAUAAAGAUCCAACUAAGGCAUAUUAACCACUCCUUUAUGUUUCAGUUUUUUUAAUCCUUUUGGCCUUUGUGUUUCUUUUAGUUUUAAUCUAUGGAAGUAGAGAUAAAUUAGCAUUGCUCUAUGUUGCAGUUGCUAUUCUUUGUUUAGCUGCAUUGCUUACUUUAAUUGUUGUUGCUAAGACUUGGAGUUUAGAACCAUAGUUCAUGGAUCUAGAGAAAGCCCAAUUGAAUAAGGUGACUGAAUACUUAAACAAUCAGAAUAUAUCAAUUUAUCAAGCCAAGGGUUAUAAAUGGUAAGUUGAACCUAAUCUUUAUUGGAUUGAGUUGGUUGUCAUUUGA